AUGGACAAUUGUUUUCGCUUGCAAUAUCAGAUUAAGAAUUUACAUUUGAUGCUAUUAUCGUCAUUAUACAGAACUUGUUCACCAUGGCGUCCUUCUCAUUCUCGACCUGUCUAUCGUCCAACACAUGCUCCAUUCUCACAUCAUCAUCAGCAUCAUUAUCAUCAUCAUUUUCCAUGGUUAUUUGGACAACAUCAUUCGCAUAAAAAUCAUUCAUCUGUAAUUAUCAAUAGUUUAUUACUGUCAUCGUUUCGUUUAACAACACCUAGAAUGUUGGUAUCAUCGUCAACGAGAGGAUCACCACUUUCUCUAAGAAAAACGACACCAAUGCCUUAUCGAACAUUCUUUUGGCAUAAUUAUUAUACAUUUGCAAUUGCUAUUGCUGUUGCUGUUAUGUCUAUCUUAUGUUGUUUGAAAGAAUUUUGUGCAAGUUCAACAUCGAAUAAACAAAAUGAUCAAAAACAGAAAGUAGUUAUUUCAACGAUUGAUGACAUUAAAAAAGAAUAUCAAUUACCAAGUUACGAAGAUGCCACUAAAGUACAUUUAUAUAAUUCAAUGCCUGAUGUACAUAAAGUUUGA